AUGGCGUCGAAUGGAGUCAGAAAGCUCUCCCUAGAAGAUGCCGACCGUGGGAAAUUUCUAGCCGACACUGCCAGCGAGUUCAAUAUACUAGUCAUUGGCCGUUUUUGUGUGGGCAAGUCCGAACUUAUUAAUGCUACGUUCCUCCAGAAUUCAGAAAUGAAGGCGAAAGUGGGGUCAGGGGAUUUUAAACCCUGCACAAGUGUUGUCCAUCCAUACAGCUUUAAUGUCAAUGACAUCAAAUUCAAUGUAUAUGAUACACCGGGGCUUCAAGAUGACGUAGGAGCAAGCAAUGAUGACAGGAGCUACAUUACUAUGAUGGGGAAAGCCUGUCGUAAGUAUAAUCUUAUUAUAUACUGCACAAAAAUGGAUGAACCAGUUAGACCAGAUGAAAUAACAGCACUUAAAAAUCUCUCUUCUGCUGUCGGAGAUUCGGUUUGGGAAUGUUUUAUGAUCGCUCUGACAUUUGCAAAUCGUUCUUAUGAUGACGAUAGUGAUGUCGCUCAUUUUCAACAAAAGGUUAAGAAGAAAACUUCACGUUUACGCGACUGCUUCAAUGAUUUAAACCAUGUGAAAGAUUUUGAUAGGUUUAUAGCUAAACGUAUUUACCCUGUGGGAUCUUCAAAGAAGUUGAGACUUCCUGGAAUAGAAGACUGGCAAGUCGAGUUCUGGCAAGGCUGUGUCGAUGCCUGUAAGCCAGGAGAUAGAGGUAAAUUCCUAAACUUCUUCUGGAAAUUAACGCCAUAUGCCAAGGGUGCAAUUUAUGGUGCAGUUGUAUUAGCUGGUGGUGCAGCUAGCAUUGGAUCUGUGGGACUAGUGAUAGCUGGAAAAGUUCUGGUUGGGAAAGCUGUAGUAGGGGUUGCCACUUUAGGCGCUGCUUCUGCUGCUACUGCUGCUACUGCUGGGUAUGCUUUGGUUACUGGGGGAGGAAGAAAAGCAGACGAGGAAGAGACAAAGCAAGAUGAUAAAAAGAAUAAAUGA